UUGUGGGCGGGGCUGGGCGGGCCCUCACUUGAGAUCGGUGGGAGGCUCUGCGGAGUGUUGAGGUUUCGAGGUCGUCUCGGGUAAGGGGGUCGCGCCGGAAGUGGCUGUGCCGCGCGCCUCCGUGUUGGAAGGAAGCUGCGGGAGGAGUUUAGUCGUUCAAGGGGGCGCGGCACCGCUGGGUGAUUUUUACUGUUCCCUGCAGCAGCCAUGGCGAAAGGCAGAGUCGUCGAGCGAUCUCAGUCCGGGAUGCUGCACUCGACCCCGGCGGGGGACGGGGCAGCGGGGACGCGUAGUGCCGCUGUGCCAAGUAGCAAAGAUCACCUGAAGGAAAAACCUUGUGUAGAAGCUGGGUCAGCAAGAACAUCACUCCUUAUACUGGUGUCCAUUUUUUUAUGUGCAGCUUUUGUUAUGUUUUUGGUAUAUAAGAAUUUUCCUCAGCUUAGUGAAGAAGAAAGAGUGAAUAUGAAGGUUCCAAGAGAUAUGGAUGAUGCCAAGGCUCUAGGAAAAGUUCUCUCCAAAUACAAGGACACCUUUUAUGUACAAGUACUGGUUGCUUAUUUUGCUACAUAUAUUUUUUUGCAAACUUUUGCUAUCCCAGGUUCCAUAUUCCUCAGUAUACUCUCCGGAUUUCUUUAUCCCUUUCCACUAGCUUUAUUCCUUGUUUGUUUGUGUUCUGGACUUGGUGCCUCCUUCUGCUACAUGCUCUCAUACUUAGUGGGAAGACCUGUUGUAUACAAAUACCUAACAGAGAAAGCAGUAAAAUGGUCGCAGCAGGUAGAGCGUCAUAGAGAGCAUCUCAUUAACUACAUUAUAUUUUUGAGGAUCACACCAUUUCUGCCUAAUUGGUUUAUUAAUAUUACAUCUCCUGUGAUAAAUGUGCCACUGAAAGUGUUUUUUAUUGGCACUUUUCUAGGUGUUGCACCUCCCUCUUUUGUAGCAAUUAAGGCAGGAACGACUCUGUAUCAGCUUACAACAGCAGGAGAAGCUGUUUCCUGGAACUCAGUAUUUAUUUUAAUGAUUUUGGCUCUUCUUUCCAUUCUGCCUGCCAUCUUCCAAAAAAAACUAAAACAGAAAUUUGAGUGAAGAAUCACGGGUUUUCGUUUACCACCACCAUCACCACCAUCAUCAUCUCAGGUUAGCAGGUGAUUCAUUUUAUGCUUUGAAAUCAUUCAGUGACUGAAGGAAGGACUUUUAAAGUAAAACAUCCCAUGAGACAGUUAAAAUAAUGCAUUUAUGUGGCAGGGGAGAACAGAAAUUGGUAUACUGUGAGAAGUGCUGUCAUCACACCUGUGAGAAAUAACUUACACAUUACUGUUCGUGAGUAGCUCUGAGAUAUCAUAGUGGCCUGGUCUACAAUUGUUGCUCUAAUAAUUCAUUUAGAGUGUUUUUCUCCUUUAUGUCUGGUUAAUAACUAAAAUAGUGAACUCAGGUCCAGUGGCAGGCACACACCUGUACUCCCAGCUGUUCAGGAGACUACGGCCAGAGGAUUGCUAGUUUGAGACUAGCUUAACCAAUAUCACAAGACCCUGUAUUAAAGUAAAAUUACCAACAGUGAAAUUAAAUAAAAUAAAAAUUCAGAGCACAAACGAAAUACUUGAAGCAAAAGAGUCUUUCAUUUUCUUUCUCUGUCUGAAAAAAACAAGCACUUUCCGGAAGCCAAGCACUUUUCAUUGUAGCAAGGAUGAGUUAUUUAAGUUUUCCUUAGAAAAUUUUAUCAUGGAUUAGUCUAAUAAUUUAAAUUCUGGCCAGUCUGUUUUCAUCUUUUUCUAGGUUUUACAGUAUUUCCAUCAUACCUAUGUAAAAGGAGAAUUAUAUACUUGUAUCAUAUUGGUGUUGAUAAUGUAUAUUCAGAUAAUAAUAUUUUGUUACAGUGUCUUUAUUAUCUCAAAAGGAGUUCUAAAAGUAAAUACUGGAAGCAUAUACUUUUUAGACAUUAAUUAUUUUAUAAUGAAACAACUGGCAGUAAGGCAUUAGUGGUUAAUAUAGUUUAUUUGUUCCAGUGACUGUAAAGUUUGUCUCGUAGUUCUGUCUGCUCAUUAAAGAAUGUAUUGUGAAAUUACCUUCUGUGCAUGAUAUAUCUGUGCAAUUGCAGUGUUGCCUUUCCCCCAGCCUCCUUUGGGACAGCACUUGAUUAGCACACUUUCCCAGGUGUAGAGCUUCCACUGUCUUCCCUCCACACGGUGAUUGGUGUCUCCACCAUUUCUUGGGAGAGACUUCUUGGCUGUUUAUGGAUGACCUUUAUUCCUUGCCAGGACAAAGUAAUAUAAAUCACUCUAAGAUCCAGUUGGUUUGUUCAACAGUUGCUUUAGUGGCGUGGGAAGUCCUUGUGUUUUUGUUCUUCAAAGUCUGAUCAUCUCAAAGCCUGUUUCUCCUGCAAAAUGUGGACUAAUCCUUUUCUGUCACAGUAUUAACAUGUGGAUAUAUUACAAAUACAAGGAAAUAAUAUUGAUAAA